UUAGUAGUCUCCUAUCCCCAUCCUGUUUGGAGUGGCCCCUCACCUCGUGGCUGUCUCUUCCUCCGUUCCGUUUAUGAAAACAUUAUGAGAGUGUUCAAUAAGAUGGCGAAACGUUAACUUGUAAAUAUUGCAAUGGAGUGGAAAAAAGUGUUGACUGUUACCGCUAUCAGUAAUUUCUGUCCGUUAGUGUAUAAAAUAAUAGUGCAUACAAAGUACGCUUAGUAUAAAAACCAAAUAAAAAUGCGUGAAUUCAAAGUAGUAGUGCUGGGCUCGGGUGGGGUUGGAAAAAGUGCAUUAACUGUUCAGUUUGUUUCUGGUUGUUUUAUGGAAAAAUACGAUCCAACAAUAGAGGACUUUUAUCGAAAAGAAAUCGAAGUGGACAAUUCGCCCUGUGUGUUGGAAAUCUUAGACACAGCAGGUACUGAACAAUUCGCUAGCAUGCGCGACCUCUACAUAAAGAAUGGACAGGGUUUUGUCGUAGUGUAUAGUUUAACAAACCAUCAAACCUUCCAAGACAUCCGCCCCAUGAAAGAGCUCAUUACCAGAGUCAAAGGAACCGAACGAGUCCCCAUUCUCCUAGUCGCUAACAAGGUGGACCUGGACCACCAGAGAGAAGUGGAUUACGCGGAAGGUAACGUCCUGUCUCAGCAAUGGGGAUGUCCUUUCAUCGAGGCAAGUGCUAAAAACAGAACCAACGUCAAUGAAGUGUUUGCAGAGAUCGUUCGUGAGAUGAACUUUAGUCCCGAAAAAGAAAAACCAAGUUAUUGCUGGUGUACCAUGCUCUAAUAUCAACCCAUGCCUCUUGUUUAUUCCUCCUGUAUACUUUUGUUUUUCUAUCAUUUUUAAUAUUAUUAAUGUUACUACUUGUUGGGAACAAUGAAGACAGUUGCUUUGUGUUAACUGUGAUUGCUGAACUGAUCUGAUUUAAGACACCUAUUUUAAUCUACACCUUGUUCUGUUCAUUUUUCUCUAUUAUUCUACUGGCUCCUGCUACUAUGGAUCUAGUACUGCAAUUACUACACUUAUUCACUCAGUUUAGUCCUGCUAUUCAGAAGUUUCAUAAAUUUUUGUUAUAAAUACUCAUUAAUCUAUUAGUAUACUACAUGAGAAAUGGUUUAUACAUUGAAAGUGCACAAUAUUCUAUAUUUUUAUACAUUGAACAAAAUCUUCGUAAAUAAUACAUAAGAAUGUAUUUUAUUUACUAGUUUUUUAAAAUGAAACCAUAUCUACUAUAUAAGAUCUAUUGAUAGUGCCUGAAAAGAACAGAUUAUGGUGGUACUUCUUUCGGCCUAAAAGUACUUUUUCCAAGUCAACUAACAAGACAGUGGGCCUCCCAGUGUAUUCGAAAUGAGAAUAUCAUCCUCUAUAUACCUAUAUAUACAGCAUGUAACAGAAAGGUAGGUCAUAAAUUAAAUCACUUACUUAUUCUAGGACCAAAAAUAGUUUCAUUGAACCUAAUUUACCUUAGUACAAAUGUGCACAUAAAAAAGUUACAGCCCUUUGAAGUUACAAAAUGAAAAUUUAUUUUUUCCAAUAUAUCGAAAACUUUUAGAGAUUUUAUAUUGAAAAUGGACAUGUAGCUUUCUUAUGGCAGGAACAUCUUUAAAAAUAAAUAACAGUGAAAUUUGUGUACCCCAUAAAAAAUUUUUGGGGGUUUUGUUCCCUUAAACCACCCCAAAUGUUUGUGUAUGUUCCAAUUAAAUUAGUAUUGUUGAACCAUUAGUUAAACACAAUGUUUUUAAAACUUUUUGCCUCCUAGUACUUUUUCGAUAAGCCAGUUUUUAUCCAGAUAUUUUAAACAUUUUUGUAAAAUUCACUAAUUAUUUUUAAAUGUUAAUUAAGAUUAUAGAGACUAGUACUAAAAUCACAAUAAAGAUGCACUAGAAAUAAACAAACCAAGACACCAGUUAAAUGUUACGAGGAGCACUCCUGAAUCAUGAUUUACAAUGUAUAAACUUUGUAAAUCAUGAUUUGGGAUUUAUAAUGUAUUAUACGUUGUAAAUAUGAUUUGGGAGUGCUAUUCGUAACAUUCAAGGUGUCUUGAUUUGUUUAUUUCUAGUGCAUCUUUACUGUGAUUGUAGUAUAGAAAUAAUAUGAAAAUAAUAUUCUAUAAUCUUACUUAACCAUAUACAAAUUCUGGACCUCGGAGGUAAACUACAUUAUGUGGACAUGGUGUUGUUUUGAAUCAGUUUUUUAAUACACUUAUUUUAUUAGUUGGAUUAUACAAUUUGGUUGUAUAUUACCAUUAAAAUGUGGUCGCAUUAUCCUUGGAACAGUUACGGGAUACAUAAGAUAUUUUUAUAGAAUAUAUCAGAUUUUUAGGACAUUCAAAGUGCUCUACUUCACAGUUGUUCUAAAUAACAUAGUGUAGCUUAUCUCCGAGGGCCAUAAAUAUAUGGUAGAUAUUUUAGACAAAUGUUCAAAAUAUCUCAAUAAAAACUGGCUUACUGAAAAACUACAAAGAGGCAAAAAAGUUUUUAAAAACAUUGUGUUUAACUCAUGGUACCACAAUAAUAAUUUAACUGAAACAUACAUAAAUUUGAGGGGGGCCUUAAGCCCCAACUCUAGCUAAUUCCCAUUUUUUACGUUAAAUCACUGUGAUCAUCUCAACGAACAUCGUCUCUGCAUGUUGUACUAGGUAUAAUAAUGUUUAUGGGCAAAAUUUGUUGUUUACAAAUCUUUAAAAAAAUCAUGUAAUUCAACCUCCAACUUUUAAAUUUUUAUCUUUGCAAACAAAAACUCAUGACUGGAAAGAUUAAGAGAACAAAACCUUCAUAAAAUUAUGUGGUGCACAAAUUUCACCAGUUUUUUAAAGAUGUUCCUGCCAUAACAAUGCCUCAUGUCCCUUUUCAAUAAAAAAAUCUCUAAUAGCUUUCAAUUACUGGAAAAAGUCGAUUUUAAUUUUGUAACUUCAAAGAGCUGUAAUUUUUUUAUGUGCACAUUUGUACUAGUGAAGUUAGGUGCAAUGGUACUUUUUUUGAUUCCAGAACAUGUGAUUUCAUUUAUGACCUUGCUUUUUGUUACUUCCUGCAUAUACAUGUAUGUAUAUGUAACUAUAAGCUCAUACUGUAUAUAUUAUAAUAAUUUUAUCAAAGAUCUGUGUUUGUAACAUAGGAACUUUUUCAAUCAAAAAGGUGAUGAGUGCUUGGUGAUGUCUGCAUGUUAUAACAAAUAAAUGUUUUUGUAAGAAAAUGUUGAAAUGUUGCUGAUAGAUUGUGUGUUUUGAGAGCCAAAAAGGAUUUGUGAUAUAUACGUAUUAUAAUAAAGUUUAAGUGAAAAAGUUA